GCAAAUAAUCGAUAUUUUCUAUGCGCCGAUGUUUUUUCGACAUUCCUAUUAAAUGUUUGUCGUUUUGCGAAGGUCAUUAUUUAACAAUUGCAAACAAAAUCAAAUUUGCAAAUCAUUUGCCGGUAGGGAAAGUUCGCGAACAACAGCACAACAAAAUCGCAGUCGAUUGUUAUUAGCAAAUAAGUGGACAACAAAUUACAGCACUUCCGGCAACAUGUCAAAAUCAGCGCUAGUUAUCCUCGCACCCGGUGCUGAGGAGAUGGAAUUUGUAAUAGCCGCUGACGUUUUGCGGCGCGCCGGGAUUAAGGUUACCAUUGCCGGUCUGCUCAGUGCGGACGCAGUAAAAUGCUCGCGUGACGUUUGCAUUGUACCUGACACAUCGUUGGAGUUGACAAAGGGCGGCAUAUUCGAUGCAAUUGUUCUGCCUGGUGGCUUGGGUGGCGCUAAGGCUAUGUCGGAGAAUGCAGCUCUGGGUGCACUGCUCAAAGAACAAGAAGCUGCUGGACGUAUUGUGGCAGCCAUUUGCGCUGCGCCCACGGCGCUUCUGGCGCACGGUAUUUGCUCUGGCAAGAGUUUAACUUCGUAUCCCUCUGUAAAGGGGAAACUGGAUAGUACAUACAAAUAUGUUGAUGAUGAGAAAGUGGUACAGGAUGGCAACCUGAUCACCAGUCGUGGUCCUGGCACUGCAUUUGAUUUCGGUUUAAAACUCGCCGAGGUUCUGGCAGGUGCUGAUAAAGCUAAAGAAGUAGCCAAAGGAAUGCUCUUGGCGUAGAGCGUGCACAACAAUGCGCGAUAAAAUCUUUAUUUCGAUAACGACAGACAGAAUGAAUUUAGUUAUAGCGAUGAUACGAAUACAAUUCGGACAAAAUUUUUAAUAAAUACCUUUUUGAAGCUGUUACACUCUUUGGACAGUGAACAUACUUCUGAAAUCAAAUGAAGUACCACAAAAUAA